AACAAAACAAAAAAAUGGUAAAAAGGUCGGAACUAAUCACCAUUGCCACCAUUGAUGAGGCUUUGGAAAAGACACGAAAACAACCAGAACCAACCACAAUUGCCACCAUAGAUGAAGCUCUGGAAAAGACUCAUUAUGGCAAAUAUAAUAUACAACUUAUAAUAUUUUCGGGGCUAGUAUUGAACAAUGUGAUUUUGGAGUCGGUGGGCAUUAGUUUUGCUUUGCCCGUUAUUGCCUGUGAUUUAAAUUUGUCCUAUCAAGAGCAAGGCAUCUUGGGAGCUGUUUGCUUUUUAGGCAUCAUCUUCAGUUCCCAUUUGUGGGGUUUUUUGGCUGAUACCAAAGGUCGCAAGGAGACAAUGAGACCAGCUUUGCUUUUGGCCUUUUUGUUGACACUGAUAUCCAGUUUUUCAUUCAAUUUCAUAAUGAUGGCAAUUUUGAGAUUUUUAAAUGGAAUAUUGAUAUCAGCUGGUUCUGCUACAAUUUUUGCCUAUUUGGGCGAAUUCCAUUGCCAAAAGAAUCGCAACAAAGCCAUCAUGUGUGCAGCUUUUAUUAGUGCUUUCAGUGCCGUAUUUCUUCCAAUUAUUGCGUGGCUUUUCAUUAACCAAGAAUGGGAGUUUGAUAUACCAUUUUUGUCAAUUGUCUAUAAACCCUGGCGUUUAUAUCUUAUUAUAUGCGGAGUUUCCGGACUUGUUUGCUGCAUUAUUUUAGGCUACUUGCCCGAAAGUCCUAAAUACUUGAUGGGUUUAAAUAAAUCAGAUGAAGUUUUGGAUAUUUUGAAAAAUAUGCAUCGCAAAAAUACCAAAGGAAAUAAAAAUCAUAAAGAUGAAAGUUUUGCGAUUACAACAAUUUUGCCUGAUUUGGAUACGCCGUUACGCAAAAAGACCAUGGAUGAUCCUAAAUCAUUUACUUCAAUAUUACGCUUAAUAUGGGAUCAAACAGCGCCACUAUUUAUGGGACAACACAUUCGCAAGACCUGUUUGGCUGCUUUAAUACAAUUUAUUACAUUCUUUACUGCUCAUGGCAUCUAUAUGUGGUUUCCCUAUAUUCUAAAUAAUACUAUGUUAUAUACACAGCAAAAUGAGGAACCUCUAUGCCUUUGUGAUAUUUUAAGAUUUACACAAUCCUCGAAUUUUUCGAGCUCAAAUAGUUUAGAUGAUAAUCAGGUUGAAAACACCUGCACCACAAAGUUGGAAAUAUCCACCUAUAAACACACGAUCACAUUGGAGGUCAUCUAUGUGUCGCUGAUGUUAUGUGUGCUUUUUGCCAGUAAAAAAUUCAAUCGUACUCCAAUUUUAUUCGUUGUUUUAGCAGCGUCUGGUGUUUUUGGAAUUCUGAGUAUGUUAAUCAAGAUUCCUGUUGUAGCGAUUUAUAUGAUCGCCAUUAUGCUGUGUUCUGGUGUGGCGACGAGUGUAAUGAGUGCUAUUGUGGUUGAUAUUUAUCCAACUAAUUUAAGAGCAAUGGCUGUUUGCAUAUCAUUAAUGCUGGGACGCAUUGGCAGCGUAUCGGGAAGCUAUAUAAUGGGUGCCCUAAUAGAAACACAUUGUGAAUUAGCUUUUUACACCUCAUCAUGCGCAUUAAUAUUGGCAGGUUGUUUGGGUUUUCUAAUGCCGAAAACUCAGGAUACGAAAAAGCAAAUCAAUGACAUUAAUAAUAAUAUUUAAUUAUAAGUUACAGUUAAUUAUAAUGUUUAAGUUAAUAUUAAAAAAUAAAAAUACAUAGAUAAUAUAGGAA